UUGUGUUCUCUGUUAGUGUUUUCUCAACAGUUACAAUAAUUAGUCGUUGACUAUAGUAUCUUUAAUUUGUAUACUGUUUUAUUUUGAAAAAGAGUUUGUCAAAAAUGUUUUUUUUAAAUUUUAUGUUUUUCAACAUUUUGUUGACUGUUUUUGUUUAUGCAAACGAUAUUUCAUUGCAAAGCGACUCAGUUGCCGUUAAUGACAAAUUUGAUGAUGAAUAUAUUAACAAAAUCGACUUAAAUGAUGAAAAUAGCGGAUUGUACCAUACAUCGAAGCAUGUGUUUUACUGGUUAUAUACGAGAGAUAAUCCCGACGGUCAACUUUUAAACAGAAGUGAACCACACUUGAUCGAGUCUACAACGUUCAAUGCAACAAAUCCAAUUAAAGUAAUAGUGCACGGUUGGCUUGGAGAUACUAAAGAAAAAGAAAGUCUUUGUAAUUACAAUGUCAAAUCGUAUUUAAAGGUGGGUGAAUAUAAUGUGAUUUGUGUGGAUUGGAAACAGUAUUCGACUGAUCUAUCAUACGCAGUCGCAAGAGCACGAGCUAAACACAUCGCUCGCGAUAUAGCUAAAGUUCUGACCAGGAUAACGUAUAACAUGACCAUAGGAGUUGAGACUUUGCAUUUGAUUGGGCACAGUUUGGGAGCCCACAUUGUCGGAUUUGUAGGGAAAAAUUUGGUUGAUAAGAUUCCUAGAAUUACAGGAUUAGAUCCUGCAAGACCAAAUUAUGAAAACAAUGCCCCAGAAGAUAGACUUUAUAUUACUGAUGCUCAUUUUGUAGAUGUCAUGCACACCAAUACUGCCAAAAAUGGGUUUAGAAAACCAAUCGGCCAUAUCGAUUUCUUCCCAAACGGAGGGGAGUCGCAACCUAACUGUGGAUUUGGAGAUAAAACUACGGGUUCGUGCAGUCAUAUCAAAGCCUAUCAUUAUUUCUCACAUUCCAUAUGGGCCAAAGAAGAUUAUGUAGCGCGUAAAUGCUCCAGUUGGAAUGAUUUUAAAGCGCACACGUGCAAUGACAACGAGAGUACUUUCAUGGGCGAAUAUGUGGACCCUAACAAAACCGAAAAUUAUUAUUUGGAAACGUCCAUAGACGAACCAUAGACCUAUUAUUGGCUACGAAUCAAUGAAGAAUAAUUUUAGAUAUGUUUGACUUAAUGAAAAAUUACAAGUCGCGAUAUUAUUGAGCGUUAAAGAUUACUAUACAUAAUAUAAACAUACAAUACAAAUAACAAUAACAAAAUACAUAAAAAUACAUUAUA